AUGCCGCACGCCCAGCAGAAAACGGACACUGUCCCAUCGUUGGGUCUUCGUGGUCAUAUUGGCAAGCCACAAGCUGACCACGUGCACGAAAAUGAAUGGUACCGUGGAUUUCAACCAGAUUACACGAUCGUCGAGUCUCCCCUUCACACGCCAAGUCGUGUUCACAUCAUCAUCGUCGGAGCUGGAGCAGCUGGACUCAACAUUGCUUACAAGGCAGCCCGUCAAUUCGCGCCUGGACAAGUGACAUUCUCUAUCUAUGAGAAGAAUGAAGACGUCGGCGGGACAUGGCUGGAGAAUCGAUACCCUGGUUGCGCCUGUGACAUUCCGGCGCACGCCUAUCAAUGGACAUUCGCUCGAAGUCCAGAGUGGAGUUCGUAUUACGCCGGGAGCGAGGAGAUUUGGCAAUACAUCAAGGAUUGGGCCGUCGAGAACAGACUGAUCGACCGGAUCAAAUUUGGGCACAAAGUCACAAGGGCGGAAUGGCAUGACGAUUCUGGACUCUGGAAAGUGCACGGCGUGGAUCGAGACGGCAAAUCAUGGGUGGACGAGGGAAGAGUACUGGCGAGUUGCCAUGGGGUGUUAAACACAUGGCAGUAUCCUGAUAUCCCAGGGAUCGCCAAUUUUCAAGGCAAAGUGAUGCACAGCGCCAGCUGGGACAACAGUUACGAACUCGAAGGCAAGACUGUCGCGGUCGUGGGUGGAGGAUCGUCUGCUGUUCAGAUCAUUCCAUCCAUCCAGCGCCGGGUGAAGAAGUUAAUCCCGUAUCUACGAUCCCCAAUUUGGAUUACGGCCGGAUUCGGUGCCAAAUAUGCGGCGCCGGGCGGAGUGAACUUUCAAUACUCCGAGGACCAAAAAGACCAGUUCAGGAAGACAGACGGUCAUCACAAUCAGUACUGUUGCGACCUUGAAGGAGAGCUGAACAAACGAUUCCUCUUGAUGCAUCUGCACAGCGAUGACCAAAAGGCGUCGCGAGAGUUCGUGACAGAAAGCAUGCGCAAGCAACUAGACGGCGACUCUCGUCUGUUAAACCAUUUGGUUCCCCCCUACGCUCUGGGAUGCCGACGAAUGACACCAGGCUCGGACUACCUCUCCGCCCUGCGUCGCCCGAACGUCGAUGUCAUCACAGACUCUGUCAUCGGUGUGACAGAAGACGGUGUCAUUGAUGCCAGUGGCACAGAGACAAAGGUGGACGUCAUCAUCUUCGCCACGGGCUUCGACGUGACGAGGCCUUCGUACGACAUCAUCGGCCGCAAUGGCCGGAACCUCGGCGACGAAUGGGCAGACUUUCCCAAGGGAUAUCUGUCAAUCAUGGCAGAAGGUUUCCCAAACAUGUUUUAUUGGAUUGGUCCCAAUGGUCCGGCCUCGCACGGCUCGGUUCUUCCGAUUAUUGAAUGGCACACGCGAUACAUGUUCAAAGUGAUCUCACACAUGCAGCGGACAUCGAUCAAAUGCCUGUCUCCUUCCAAACGAGCCAUUGACGAACUGCAGAUCCACACACAUGAGCUCCUCAAAAGAACAGCGUGGUCAUCGAGCUGCAGCAGCUGGUUCAAGAACGGCAAGAAACAUGGGCCUGUCACUGCCAUCUGGCCGGGAAGUCGAUUACAUUAUUUUGAAGUGAUGAAGGAGCCACGGUUCGAGGAUUUCGAUAUUGAGUAUUGGGGGAACAAUCGGUAUGCUUAUUGGGGCAAUGGGUUCACGGAAACGGAGUUGUCAGCAGAUGGUAACGCUGUCUGGUAUUUUGACGUUCUUGACAAGGAACACGAGAAGAGGGAUAGAGCUUUUUGGGAUGUGGAAGCGUGA